ACUCACUUAGCCCCUACUUGUAUAGAAGAUUGGGCGUCUUUUGUAGAGAAUCAUGUUCUGAUGUAAAUUCUCUACGUCUUUGGUAUACUUUGUGUACACGGGAGUUCUCUCCCUUUUGAUUAAUACAAUUUACCUUAUAAAAAAAAAAAAAUUGUAAAUUUUGAGAGAUAGUCUGUGAAAAACUUGUAUGAAUAUUGUAGAAUUCAAUCUUUCAAUCCAAGAUGGACAUUAUUCUUUCAUUGUCCUAAAUCUGUUUUAUUUUUGAUUUUGAGAAAUCAAAAUCUCAAUUUUUCUCCUAAAUUUGUCGAUGGACUCCGGUUAAAGUGUCCGAAGUCAGUUGACCGAAUCCGGGACAUAUCCCGUCCCCGUCUCGUAUCGGGACGGGGGCGGCACUAAAAUCGAAGAGUCCGCGCAACUUAGAUGUCAAGAUCAUAUUUCACUUUGUCCAGUUACUAUCAUAGGAAACUGCUGACAAAGGGUUAUUUCUUUUACCAGGUGAUAUACCGGAUCCUUUCUUGAGACAUGUUAUUACGAGUGAAUGUGAGACCGAUUUCACUUUUUUUUUUCGAGUACUCCUGCUAAUGAACAGAUUUUGAAUUUGAUUAAUGCUAACCACUGCAGAAGAUAGACAAUGGAUACUGCAUUAUCAUUUUUUGGCCUUGUAGGCUGUUGCGGAAUGAGGUAUCAAGCAAUGCGUAUGAACCUUCAAAGCGAGAUAUACUGUAUGCUGAUUGCUGAAGGAGUUACCCAAGGGAAUGGUUUGGUUUUUAUGGAGUUCUCCUUGGAUGAUCGUAGCCCAAUGUCUGAAACCUAUGGAUACAAUCUGGAAGCUCCUACACCACCUCUCAGGCUCUCACUAGCAAUCUGGGCUAUGCCGGCGUCUGUGAAAGAAUAUUUUGGAACUUGGACAAUGACAGGCCGUAGGAAGGAGGCAAAGCAGUGGAACCACAGUACCAGCAUGUGUGCUGUGGGUGGAAAAAACAGCAGGUGUGUGUUGAAGGAAAAGCAGAAGCCAGUCAUGACUGAAAACUGCCUUUUGGUGUAAAUGGAAAGAUGUUAAGGAGGCUAUUGCUGUGAUCGAUUGUACCUUCAGGACUAGCCUGAGUUGUAUAUUGUUUUUGUACUCACCAACGCAGUCUUGGUGCUCGGACAGUUAUAUUAACAAAACUUUUCUAUGCUUCUGUAACAAGUAGAAAGCUAUUUGUGUGGCAAGCUCGAGCAAGAGACCGGGUGAUAGUUGAUGAGGCGUUCAAGGAUAUAAGGUAGGUUGUGAAGUGGGACGAGGAAAAGGGGACAUACUAUGGUGAAGCAGAGGAUUCAGUUUACAGAACAACUGAUGUUAGCUCUUCCCCAUUUAUCCGGCAAGAGUAAAAUAGUGUAGACAUAUCUUGAUACUUGUAGAGAGAAGAGAAAAAAAGGAAAUGAUAUCAUAUCAAAUAAGUUUUUUUCACCAUUUCCUAUCAUGGUCUUUUUUGGUGAUGGUGUUUCAAGUUAUCUAUCUGGAGUCUAUAAGCUGUUCCAUUCCAUUGUAUAUUGAUAGUCAUAGAUUCUUGGAGGGCAUUGGAAGUUUUCGGAUCAACUUCUGUCAUUCUUUUGAAUGAUCAGUAAUUUAGAUGACACUCUGCACAAACAUGUAUAUGCAAUAGUAUGCACAUUAUAAGUAGUAUGCACUCAAAAAUACUGACUUAAUAGCACGGGCUAGCCAGUUUUCGGUCUGGUAAUCGGAAAAUAGUUAGCGUUUGCAAAGUCAUUGAAACAUAGCCACUGUUUUGCUGAAACACGGAAAGUUCCAGUAUAAUAUGCGGGAUUAUGGAGCUCCUGCGUAUAAACUUCCCGCAUAUUACGUUGGAACUCCGGCACACGGAAAAUUCCAACAUAAUAUGCUGUCCUUUGUUUAGAUGUUGAUUUUUUCGACCAUGAAAAUGAAGAAGAGAUAAUGGAGAAGGAGUGUAGAUAUUUGAAGGAACUUCUUCUCAGCGUUGCCCAUGUCGAGAAUCUUGAAUUGGGUCCCUUGUGCAUCGAGGUUUAUUUUCUUUUUUAGUUUUGCAACUUUUUAUUUGCUAUUGAAUUCAUCGGUUUAGUAGCAUUAAUAGUGCCACUACUCAGAAUAAUCUGAUAACUAAGUUUGUAAGUUCUUAAUAAUAACAUUCUCAUGGCCAAUUUGGUUGGAUAGAGGCAGGUGAUUGAGACAAGGCCUGUUGAACAAUUUUUUUUUAUCAUGAACUGUGAGAAUAAAGAUUUUGCCAUGGACAGAAAACAUUUAAAAUUUGCAUUGAUUUACAGUGAUCAUACUCUUUAAGUCAUGUGAAUGGGUUUCUCCAAGUGUUUAAAAAUCAAUCCUUAGGUUCCCAAACCAACCCUGAACACUUUGAUGUUGCAAAACGCUGAUGUAUAGUCCUUGUUGUUUUUACGAAUUAAUCAACAAGUUGAAAGUCAUUUGUUAAGUAUGUCGCGUUUCCUUGUUUUAAAAUAUUGUUGUUUAUCU